UUGAUCAUGCCUGAUCCAGCCAAGUCCGCUCCAGCCGCGAAGAAAGGCUCCAAGAAAGCGGUGACCAAGACCCAGAAGAAAGAUGGGAAGAAGCGCAGGAAGACAAGGAAGGAGAGUUACGCCAUUUACGUGUACAAGGUGCUGAAGCAGGUGCACCCCGAUACCGGCAUCUCCUCCAAGGCCAUGAGCAUCAUGAACUCCUUUGUCAACGAUGUGUUUGAGCGCAUCGCAGGGGAAGCCUCCCGCCUGGCUCAUUACAACAAGCGCUCCACCAUCACCUCCCGGGAGAUCCAGACCGCGGUCCGCCUGCUGCUGCCUGGGGAGCUGGCCAAGCACGCCGUGUCCGAGGGCACCAAGGCUGUCACCAAGUACACCAGCGCCAAGUAACUGCUGCCCCAUCUCCUGCCCUACUCCCGGCAACACAAAGGCUCUUCUAAGGGCC